AUGACUAGUCCAUUCCGUCUAUUCUCUCUUCCCCAUGUGCCCCUCAAACAAGUUUUGGAUAAUGUGGGACCGGAGGCGCUACUUAUUCUCUCCAUGUGCUCCCGGAGAUCAAAAAGUAUUGCAGUAUCAUUUAGGGGACCUUCCAAACAUGUUUGGCUGUCACUUAACUUUGGACUAGGAGAUCGUCUGGAAGGCUCGGAUAAACGCGAUGUACUGUUGGCUGUGAAAAAGAACCAUCCGAAGGAUCACAACACGCUGGAAACUGUAAGAAUCGGAAGUUUUGAGAAAGUUCCUGUUCGAAUGGAAUUUCUAUAUCAAGAUGGAGAUAAACGAGGUUUGAUUACGUAUUGGGAGGAUAGAAUAACCGGACUGUCAGCAAUUGGGGAUUACGCUCGUGAAGUAUUCAAUCAGGAUAUUUCUGAAAUGAUGAUUGGAGAGAAAGAAGCAGAUGAUGAUCAUAGAAGGGCGGCCGAAUGGCUUAAGGAAUCACAAAAGUCGGUUCAAAGCCUAUAUUGUGAUUUCAAACCGAAAAUCGAUAAUGAUCUCGAUUUCGUAAUGGAAAACUUCAACUGCACUGAACGUCUCUCACUUUAUGUGAAACCAUCGGAGCACUUUUGUCCUGCUAAAAUGCCGAAUUUCAAAGUUGACAGUCUUCAUAUUCUCUUUAGUUUUUGGGUCAAGCAGGAUCAUUUAUUAACGAUGAACUGCAAGUAUAUAGUUUUGCAAGACUCAAAAUUGACAAACCAAAACUUAAAUGUGUUUGUAAAGCAUUGGAUGUCUGGAGGGUGUUCCCAAUUGAAAAAAUUAUGGGUUACUGUCGAGGAACCAAUUGAUUAUGAAGUUUUGUUAGACGGUGUGGAGUUUGUAGAAAGAGGAGAUGAUGUGGAAAGGGUUUUUGUUGAUGAACGCCGAACUUCUCAUAUUAUCAGGGGAGGAUUCGAUGUUAAACGUUCAAAUGUCACGGCAACUGUCGUAGACCUUGGCCAACAAUCGCAACUAUUUUUCAUGAUUGUAUGGUAG